UGUUAAAUCCAACAUAACUCUAUUUUAAUAUUUGAGUGGAUACCCCACUAAGUUUCCAAAAUGAUGAACCAUGGCAGGAUACAUUUAAAAAAAGAUGUGCCUAAGAAUAUAACAAAUAUUUGUAUUUGAUUGAAUGGAGCCUUAAAACCCGUUUUUCACCCAUGCUGGAAACAAUGAUCAUUCUUUGAGACUUUUUUUCUCACUUUAACAUGUCAAAACAAACACACCUGGGAUGUUUCCUCCUCCAAAGUGACAUCUGCCCACUCGCCUACAAAUAGUCAGGGUCAAACUGCCCGUGUAAGCUUUCAUCAGUGGAAGCAAAAUGGAUCAGAUAAGAUUUGGGGUCUCAUUUAAAACUUUUGUUUUUCAUUGUUUUAUCCUGAGGAGUGCGCUUUCCAUUCAGAAAAGAGAAUGGAUUGAUACCUCAACAGCAAGAUUAACAGAAGGAGAUGUGUCAUGUUUUUCUGAUUACAUGGAGAUGCGGAUUCACAAUGUGAGGAUUGAAGGGCUGGGGCUCUGGUUGUCUGGGGCCUUAAAGAUCCGAGUCAACCUGGCUUCUCUGGAUCAACUCAACCUGCAGCUGUCUUCCUGUGGACUCUCACUGCACAAAGACCCUGACAACAACUUUAUUUUUAGAGUCAGCUACACUGGAUGUUUGGUCCAGCAACAGGAUGGCCAUCAUGUCCUGACACUGAAUUUGGUGAAGAGGAUAAACAGAUUUGGAGGCAGACCUCACAGUGUGAUGAUGAAGUGUCCGCUGGUUUCUGUGCUGCCCAGCAGAGAGAAGAUCCAGUGUGACCCGGAGUACAUCCAGGUGACCAGACAAGUUGCCUAUGACAACUGGGACAAUGAGCUGCAGUGGUGUUUGUCUCUGAGCGAUCAGCUGAUCGUGGCUCUGGAGGACGCCAGCCUGAUCCAGAUGAACAUCGACAUGAGAGGCUCAGACAUCACAGUCCAGGGCAGGAGGGGGGAGGUUCUGAGCCCUGUCACAGUGAUGGAAGAUGAGGGGGACUUCUUGGCCUUGAAGCUGGUCAGUGGUCAGUACGCCUACAGUAUGGAAGCUACAUGCCCAAAAGUGAACACAUCCACAGCAGAGGAGACUGUGCUGCACAUUUUCAAACGGCGUAUGGGUCUAACCAAGCGAGGCAGCCGGGAAAACGAAGCUCUGACUGUCAGUGACGUGUGGGUGAACCAGACGGAUAACUUCACCUUGCACGAGACGAGUGCAUUUGUGACACUGAUUAUUCCUACAGCCCAAAUACUCCAGACCAAGAGCUGUGCAGACAGCAAGCGCCUCCUGCAGCCAUUCUACCGGGUGGAUGUUGUGCUCACCUUCAAAGAGACACAUCACAAAAUGCAGUGGAGCAUGGAGAACACCCUGCCAUGCACAGCCAGGCCAGCUGCAUCACACAGGACCCCCCCUCCUCCUGGUCCCAACACCACAGCCCGCUCCACUCUGAACUUUAAACCCCAGAGUUCAGCUACAGAACAGACGCUGUUGGACCGCUUAAACGUGAGAGCUCCAUACAAAGAAACAACAUCAACGUUUUCCACAACUAUUCCACCUCGCACACAGACUGAGGACAGCAGCUCUCAUUCCCACACUGAUGAUCUGUCAAAGAGUCAAAGUGGAAAUGUGUCUUCUUGGUUUGACGGAGACACCAAUUCAACUGAAAUAAGCUUUUUUGAUUUUCUAAAUGUGACCAUACGUACUUCAGGAGAAUCAGAUUUCCUUCAGUCAUCAGCUGAACCAUCAGAAACAUCUGUCCUCCUGCACCUGAACCAGGAUACCAACAAUUCAACACAACACGAGGGAAUAAAGAAAAACAGAGAAGACUGAAGUGGAUCUGGGAAGACUAGAAAACGGACAGAAACAGCACUGUCCAUUUGGCCUAAUCUUUGUAAUCUAAAUAAAUAAACCUUUUCCAAUAUCCCAUGAUACAACCUGCAUUUCAUUUUAGGUGUAAGCUUGGCAAACAACAUUUGAAUCACCAAAGUUGUUUGCCAAGCUUACACCUAAAAUGAAAUAAAUACUGAUGUAUUUAAAUUCAAACACAUUGUUUCCAUUACUUAAAACUCCAUAUGUUUUUUUACAUUUAAUUUCGUUGGUCUUGUUUUUACAAGUGCCAACACACUACAGUUACAGUUUCAUCGCAGUGACAACUUUUGCUUUUAUGCAUUUUGACUCUCAUUGUCAUUGGUGCUUUGUGUCUGUUUGCAGUCUUGAAAGGUGACGCUGUGGUCAGUCAGCGCUGUGAAGGUUGAUUAUACAAACAGAAAUACAUCCAGGCCCCUGCCAGCCGCUGCCUGAGGGGGGAUAUUAUCCAGACGCAGACAAGGCAGGCGUUAAAUAAACAUGUCUCUACCCGAGCAGCACAACAGGCUGACGUAGAGAAGACCCUGCAGCCUGCCACCAUCCAGAGAAGAGGCUCGUAAUAAAGACUUUAUAUUUAACAGAUACUUUAAACUGAUUUUCAGAGGCUUUAUGUAUCGACACAUUACAAAUGGACACCUUUUAAUUUUGUUUUUCUCUUCUGAUAAAAAUGAAUACAUUUUCUGACAAAAAUCAGCUGUGAUGUUGCUAAAUGUGUCUUUGCUGCAGUACGCUGAACCAACAGGAGAGGGCACUGUUGCAUGUGUUUUCAGAAAACCUCGCAAGGCCAGCAGCCUGCCUGAAGAGGCUCAUUUUAACAUUAACACAUUUUACUUCAAUUUCUUUUCAUUUUUGUAGUUACUAUAUGUCUUCAUUGACAGAUGAGCUGUAUGUAAGUCAUGACCACUGAAAAUAGCAACAUCUAGAUGAAAGAAGAUUUUAUAUUAUUUUGAAAUCAUCUUUGCCAAUGUAGUUAAAUAAUUGCUUUAAAUAUAUACCUUAAAUGUAUUUCUUGCCAUCAAUUAUUAUUUGGAGUGAAAUGACUGAAGAUGUUUCUCCUUUGUUCCCAGCCUUUUUUUCUUCCACCUGUGUUAUUGUGACCUCCUGGUAUGCACCAAAGGGUCUGUAAAUGAUAACAGUGCAGUGUUACGCAGUUACAUGCAUCAUAUACAAUGGGCUGUGGGGCAGAAAAUCUAAACUUCCUUGUGCCUUUGGUCCCCAUCUGCUCAGUGAACUUAUGAGCAGGAAAUGGAAUGAGUGGUGCAAAAAACACACCAACAUCCCUGCUUCUUUCAUGUGGCCUCUCUCGGUCAUUACCCUAUCUGUACCGACUGUUAACUGUCUUUACAAAGUUAAA